CCAGCCCCCUCUGCAGAGGGGCAGAGCCCAGCAAGCACCAUGGCAUCGCGGCAGUGAGGAUGGUCAGCAAUGCGGGUGACACAUGGGGACGUGAGGGUUAACAUCAAGCUGCAGCCAUGGUGCAACGUUCCCAGAGAACGCCUACAAGAAAAGACCUUCUCUUCACCGUUGCCUUGCACCAGCAACAGAACAAGGAGGAACCAUGGCAGGGGACGUGAGGUAUAGACAGGAGCGUCGCAAAGUUCAGCCUCGUUUGUUUAGAAGUCGCGGGCUGACCCCCAAAAAUCACGUCUUGCCUUGAUGGUUUGGGCCUUAUCAGAUUAGCACCCCAUCUUUCCCCGAAGGCACGGUGGUGGUGCGCUGAAGGCUCAUCCCCUUCCGUCUGCCCGUGUGUGAGAGCCAGUGUGGUGUAGUGGUUAGAGCAUCAGACUAAGACCUGGGAGACCAGGGUUCGAAUCUCCACUCAGCCAUGAUGAAGCUCACUGGGUGUGUGACCUUGGGCCAGUCAUUGCCUCAGCUGAACCUACUUCACAGCAUGUUUUGUGGGGAUUAAAUGAGGAGCAGGGGAAUCUCGUAUGCCAUUGAGAGGUCCUUAGAGGGGGGGAAGGAGGGAUAUAAAUACAAUAUAUAAUAAAAUAUGUACGGGGUCCUUGCCGCAGGAUCACAUUCACCAGGUGCUAUACCAGCUGCACUGGCUCCCGGUGGAGUGCAGGAUCAGGUUUAAGGUGCUGGUUUUAACCUUUAAAGCCCUAUACGGCCUAGGACCCACAUACCUACGGGACCGCCUCUCCUGGUAUGCCCCACAGAGGACCUUACGGUCUUCAAAUAAAAACAUCUUGGAGGUCCCGGGCCACAGGGAGGUUAGGCUGGCCUCAACCAGGGCCAGGGCUGUUUCGGCCAUGGCCCCAAUCUGGUGGAACGCUCUGUCAUAAGAGACUAGGGCCCUGCAGGACUUGACAUCUUUCCGCAGGGCCUGCAAGACAGAGCUGUUCCACCAGGCCUUUGGCCAGGGCACAGUCUGACCCCCUCCUUCUGUAAACCUCAUAGAACUCUAGCCCAAUGGUUGUCAUUAAUUUGAGGCAGAGGACUGUUCCAGAUUUCGUACCUUAAGAAAUGCCGUAGGAAUCUUCACAUAAAAUCCCGUUCCUUAAACUUCACACCACAGCUUUAGUGUUGGAAACAGAGUUGAGGAGCUGGAGGCUGCCCAGACAGGAGCAGAGCUGAUUCUCGAUAACUGGGGUCAAAGCAGGCCAGGAUCAGUGUUUCUGCAGGACACGCUGCGACUUCCUCCCGUCGUAAAUCAAUGGUUGCCAUUCAUUCCUUGAAAGAAAAGCAAUGGUCUGCUCUCGGAGACAGCAUUAUGCCCUCCAUGCUGGAUACUUAAAUGCAGGGAUUUAUUUUUUAGCAUAUAAUGGGGGGCAGGAAGAGGAAGGGCCGUAGCUCAGGGGCCCAGCAACGGCUUUGCCUGCAGAAAUCUAUCCACAAUGGCGUCUGCUUCCUAUGUAUGUUUUUUCAAGAUUAGGGCUCUGUUUAUUUAUUUACUUAUUGCAUUUACAUCCCACAUUUUUCUUCAAGGAGAAAAUGCUUCUCCCACUCAUCAUUUAAUUCCCGCAACAACCCUUCAGGGUAGGGUAGGCUGAGAGGCAGUGAGCUUCGUGGCCAUGUAGGGCUUUGAACCCCCGUUUCCCAAGUCAUAGUAUGACACUCUAACCACUACACCACACUGCCUCAAGCGUGGGGUACUUGAACACUUUGCCCCUGCCCUCCCCCUCCAGUCCUGAUUACAGUGGACGCUUGGGUUGCGAACGUGAUUUGUGCGGGAAGCACGUUCGCAACCUGCAGCUCCGUAUCUGUGCACGCGCGGGUCGCGAUUCGAUGCUUCUGCACAUGCGCAAAGUGGGAUUUAGCGCUUCUGCACAGAAACCCAGAAGUAACCUGUUCCGGUACUUCCGAGUUUGGUGCAACCCGAAGCGUCUGCAACCCGAGAUAUGACUGUACAGUGUUACCUCAGGUUACAUACGCUUCAGGUUACAUACGCUUCAGGGUACAGACUCCGCUAACCCAGAAAUAGUGCUUCAGGUUAAGAACUUUGCUUCAGGAUAAGAACAGAAAUUGGGCUCCGGCGGCGCAGCAGCAGCAGGAGGCCCCAUUAGCUAAAGUGGUGCUUCAGGUUAAGAACAGUUUCAGGUUAAGAACGGACCUCCGGAACGAAUUAAGUACUUAACCUGAGGUACCACUGUACAGUGGUGCCUCGCAAGACGAAAUUAAUCCGUUCCGCGAGUCUCUUCGUCUUGCGGUUUUUUCGUCUUGCGAAGCACGGCUAUUAGCGGCUAUUAGCGGCUUAGCGGCUAUUAACGGCUUAGCGGCUUUAAGAAAAGGAAACAAACUCACAAGAACUCGCAAGACGUUUCGUCUUGCGAAGCAAGCCCAUAGGGAAAUUCGUCUUGCGGAAUGACUCAAAAAACGGAAAACUCUUUCGUCUAGCGAGUUUUUCGUCUUGCGGGGCACCACUGUAUUAUUAUUUUUUUGAGGGGGGCAACACAUCAGCAACCUGCACAGGGAAAAUGCAGCCUCUCCCAUUUGCUUCAGUUGCAAUCAGCCAGGCACCCCUCCCUCCUUCCUUCUCACUCUCUCUCUCACAAUCAUAGGACUGUAGUUGGAAGGGGCCUUGAGGGUCAUCUGGUCCAACCCCCCUGCAAUGCAGGAAUCUUCUGCCCAACAAGGGGCUCGAACUCACGACCCUCUUUGUGCUCUGCGGACUGAGCUACCCACACCUCUCCAACUACAAUUCUACCUUCCAGGCACCCCACAGCUGCCAUGAGGACUGGAAUCUUGCAAGCUUACAAUCCUUGCCUUUCCAUCUCACACAGCCUUCACUGUCCUAGAGUAUGAUCCCAGCCCCUUCCCUUAUCCCAUUUUAUCUUCUCAUUAACCCUGCGAGGUAGUGCCUUGGGCUGCUGAGAGAGAAACAGAAAGAGAGAGAAAUAUAGAUAUGACUGGCCCAUUUUAUCUUCACACUGUAGGCUCGCCACCUGUCUUGCAUAAUACAGGAUUGUCCCAUAUUUCGAUGUAAAAUGCUACAUCCUUUAUUGAUACAGUUUUGUCCUGUACUUCUCUCUCUCUCUCUGCCAAGUUAAGGAUCCUCUCCAAAUGCAUGUGUUUGAAAGGAUGUGCAAAAGGUCAUGUAUUUAAGUUUUGGGUAGCCAAGCACAGGUAGAUUUACACAUUCACGUGUGUGUGUGUGUGUGUGACAAAUUCCAGAGGGGCCACCCUGUUGGCUGCAAUAGAUUGUACUUGAUUGCUUUGAAGUCACUUCAGCACCAGGUGGGGAACUCCCCCAUGGGUGUAGCCAGGGGGAAGCAGGGGGGCAGCUGUCCCCACCUAAAUCAAGUAAAUAAAUAAAAAUUUAACUAAAAGUAGAAAUUGUAGAAAGAUUUUGACAUAUUUUUCUGAGCCCUUGGGGUCAAAAGAAAGUACCGUAAUUUAAAACAACUCUUGUUGAGACAUUUCACUCUGAAUCUGCUAGCUAUGCCCAUGGUCCUGUCCUGUAUUUUCCCAGAACAAAGGUGAAAACACUGCUUCACAGCCACCCAGUGCCUGGGGCUGCUGAGAAAGAAAUAGAAAGAGAGAGACAGAGAGAGACAGAUAGAUAUAGACAGAUGAGAGAAUGACUGGCCUGCUGUAUCUUCACAGCAACCCUGUGAGGUAGUGUCUUGGGCUGCUGAGAAAUGGAAACAGAAAAGAAGAGAGAGAAAUAUAUAUAUGGCUGGCCCGUUUUAUUUCCACAGCACCCUGCGAGAUGGUCUGCUGUGAAAGAAAUAGAAAUAUAGAUAGAUAGAUAUGGCUGGCCCAUUUUGUCUUCACAGCACCCCUGCGAGGUAGUCCUUUGGGUUGCUGAUAAAGAAAUGGAAAUAUAUAUAAUAGAUAUAUAGAUAUGGCUGGCCUGUUUUAUUUCCACAGCACCCCUGCAAGGUAGUCCCUUGGGCUGCUAAGAAAGAAAUAGAAAUAGAAAACAUAGACAUAGACAUGGAAAUAGAUAGAUAGAAAGAUAGAUAGAUAGAUAUGGCUGGCCCAUUUUGUCUUCACAGCACCCCUGUGAGGUAGUCCAUUGGGUUGCUGAUAAAGAAAUAGAAAUACAGUGGUGCCUCGCAAGACGAAAUUAAUCCGUUCCGCGAGUCUCUUCAUCUUGCGGUUUUUUCGUCUUGCGAAGCACGGCUAUUAGCGGAUUAGCGGCUAUUAACGGCUUAGCGGCUUUAAGAAAAAGGAAACAAACUCGCAAGAACUCGCAAGACGUUUCGUCUUGCGAAGCAAGCCCAUAGGGAAAUUCGUCUUGCGGAACGACUCAAAAAACAGAAAACUCUUUCGUCUAGCGAGUUUUUCGUCUUGCGAGGCAUUUGUCUUGCAGGGCACCACUGUAUAGAUAGAUAGAUAGAUAUGGCUGGCCCAUUUUGUCUUCACAGCACCUCUGUGAGGUAGUCCACUGGGUUGCUGAUAAAGAAAUAGAAAUAUAGAUAGAUAGAUAGAUAGAUAGAUAGAUAUGGCUGGCCCAUUUUGUCUUCACAGCACCCCUGUGAGGUAGUCCAUUGGGCUGCUGAGGAAGAAUGAGGGAGCGCGUGUGCAGCAUCUCUUCCUGGUCCCCAACACCCCCAGCCAUCUUCACAGCUGAGGGGGGUUGAGGGCAGGCCUGGGGCUCUGCACCCUGAGCCCGACCCCCUCACCUGUCCAGGGUCACCUGUCCAGGUGUGAGGCAGCAUUAGGGGGUGGGUAAGCCAUAGAGGCCGAAGACCUCCAAAGGCUAGAAAGGCGGGGACAGAGAGAGAGAAAGAGGGGGGUUGUUUUCAUUCUCUACCACGCUUUACCUGGCCUUUGCCCCGCAGCAGUCAGGCUACUCCGCCCCCUCCGGAGCAAGACCACCCCCCACCCCCCGCUCGCCUUCUUUCCCUUCCCCCUUUACGAGGAGGCCCCGGUUCCCAUGUCCUCGCCCGGCCACGCGGUUGCCACGGUAACGAGGAAGCCGGAAGACGGGGGGGGAACUACGCCUCCCAGAAUGCCACGCGGGGCGGCGGCGAAGGAGACUCCGGGCCAUUGUCGCGCAGGGCACGCCUAGUUCUUCCCAGAAUUCCACAGUCCAUUUUAAAACAAAACAGGCAAACCCCCCAAUGCGCACGCGCACACGGGCGGCCUCGCUCCCUCCACGCCCGCCGCCGCGUUCCAAACUACCAAUCCCGCCGUCCCUUGCGCGCCCAGUUCCUCCCGCUCCCGGCCAAUCAGCGGCGAACAGGUCGCUAAGCAGGGAGGAGGAGGCAAGAUGGCGGCGAAAGGCGGCGGCGCUGGAGGAGGAGGCGGCGGCGGCGCUAACAAGAACGGGAUAUUGGACAAGGUGGACCGGGCUAAGCGGGCGGGGGUCGUUCUGCUUCGAGGGAGCCGCGCGGGAAGGGCCUCGGCGAGGGAGGAGGGAGCAAAAAAAAAAAAACCCCACACGCGCGCCUGGACGAAGGCAGUGGCGGGGAGUUCCGUAGGCUAAGGAACGUUUCUGAGCACAAUUCAAAGUGCUGGUGCUGACCUUGAAAGCCCUAAAUGGCCUCGGUCCAGUAGACCUGAAGGAGCGUCUCCACCCCCAUUGUUCAGCCCAGACACUGAGGUCCAGCGCCGAGGGCCUUCUGGUGGUUCUCUCCCCGCGAGAAGUGAGGUUACAGGGAACAAGGCAAAGAGCCUUCUUGGUAGUGGCGCCUGCCUUGUGGAAUGCCCUCCCAUCAGAUGUCAAGGCAAUGAACAACUAUUUUACUUUUAAAAGACAACUGAAGGCGGCCCUGUUUAGGGAAGUUUUUAAUGUCUGAUGCUGUAUUGUUUUUAAUAUUCAGUUGGAAGCCGCCCACAGUGGCUGGGGAAACCCAGCCAGAUGGGCGGGGUAUAAAUAAUAAAUUAUUAUUAUUAGGCUCCAUCCAUCCAUUCCCUGAGGAACCACAAGACAGCUUUCCCCCUCCCCCAAUUCCUGGUUCUUCACGCCGUUAGUGCGUGGAACUCACUGCCACAAGAGUUAGGCAGUUUGAGUGGCUUCUGAGGAGGCAAAAGCGCAGAGGUGCAGCGGCUGCGAGGCCACAAGGGUCAUCUAUUCCAACCCCCUGCAAUGCAGGGAUCUUUCGCCCAACGUGGGGCUCCAGCCCGCGACCCUGAGAGCAACAGCCUUGUGCUCUACCCACUGAGCUCUCGUGCCACUGCUAUCAUGUCAGGAUGCUGGGUGGGGGGUUAGGGGGUGUCCCUUUGGCCUGACCUACGUGCGUGUGUUCCUUGAUGUCGUUGGUGGCCACAAGCUGCGUUGGCUUUGAAAGAGGGAUGCUCAUGGAGGAGGAGGCUGUUCUCUCCCUCCCCUGCAGCAUAAUAAUAAUAAUAAUAAUAAUAAUAAUAAUAAUAAUUUUUAUUUGUAGCCUGCCCAUCUGGCUGAGUUUCCCCAGCCACUCUGGGCAGCUUCCAACAAGGAUUAAAAAUAUGUUAAAAUGUCACACAUUAAAAACUUCUGAACAAGAAGGUUAUUGACAAGCUGGAAGGUGUGCAAGGAAGGGCGACUAAGAUAAUCAGGGGUUUGGAAACUCAGCCUUAUGAGGAACAGUUGAAGGAGCUUGGGAUGUUUAGCCUGGGAAAGAGGAGACUGAGAGAUGUGAUCCUUGUCAUCAAAUAUAUGAAGGGACAUCACGUGAAAGAUGGAGCAAGCUUGUCUUCUCCAGCUCUGGAGAGUAGGACUCGAACCCAUGGCUAGACAAGAAAGGCGAAUCCUGACUAAACAUCAGGAAGAACUUUCUGAUGGUGAGAGGUGUCAGUAUCACCUACACUGAUGGGCAGCUGCUCUAGACUUCCAGAGUCUUGAACAAAUAUGAAUUGUUGCCCUCCUGCAUAGGAUUAUAUCAUAUUAUCCACAGGAAGGCUUGCUUUCUGUCUCCCGUGUUGGAAAGGGAUGGAUUCAGAAUUCCCUUUGAACCUUGAGCAGUUGAAACGCUCCCUCUGUCUCAAGAAGGAUGAUGUGUACUUUAAGUGGGGUGAUGUGUAUCUCAGUUUUAGGAUUGUAGCGAGUAACAGGAAGCAACCUGCAGAAAUGGGAGGAGGAAGGAAGUUCAUGGCUUAGCCUCUGACCGCUAGGCCACAUUAGCUCUUAGUAUCUUUAUUAGGCAGGGCUCCAUUCAGUCAUACUCAGGAGUAGGAAUUGAGGGACGUGACUAACUUCAAUCUAUUCAUUACAGUAAGUAAAACUUCAUUUAAUGCAGCCUAGGGCUUAUGCUUCAAGCUUAUGCAUCUUUUCAAAAGCCUGUGUUGAUUCCUGCUACACUGUUCCACAAGCAUAUGUAUCUUAACAACUGUUUAUAACCAAAUGUGAAGGAGAGUUUUUUGUUUGAACAUGCAAAAUGGAUCAUUUAGCCCCGUAUUUUCUCUGUGCAUGGGGAGAGGGGCUUUCACUCUUUGCCCUACCACAGUCCUGCUCCAAUCUUCUUAUUGCAGUGUGUGUGUGGCAUGGUCCCAAGCUGGCUGUGCUCACAAGCAAACACCCUGUAGCAUAAAAUGAAGCGCGUCAGGGCUGAAGACAUCAACACCACAUCUUGUUUGGCCCUGAGAUGCUAGAGCAGGGGUUGGCAACCUAAGGCCCAUGGGCCACAAGCAGCCCAUGGGGGUCAUUUAACCGGCCCAUGGACGCCCGCUCGGUCGGCUCCCGUGUGUCAUGCUAAACUGGCACAGCAGAGCGGGGACCGCCUUCCACGACGCUGGCCGACUUCCUAUUGGCUGCAGGAAGCUCCUGCAGCCAAUUGGAAGCUGCGCUCGCAUCCUCUGCGCCGGAAGGAGAACUAGCCCAUGCCACAAAAACUUUGCCAACCCCUGUGCUAGAGCCUGGGAUCUUGGGAAGACUUGUGAUUUGCUUGCCUCUGAGCUGUGGCGUCUCCUCUUGUAAUGGUCAGUGUUAUAGGGGUCCCCAUGACAUGUGAGGUCGAUCAAUCAACCCCUGACUGCAGGGGAAACUACUAUGGACAUUUUACGUGGGCUGUAUCCAGCUAAGUCAUACACGAGAUAAGCCCAUUGAAAUCAAUGGAUUUGCAUUAGUCAUGGCUAACUUAAGCCCAUUGGUUUUAGUGUAUCUCCCCUCGAGUAUGACCUUGUUGGAUGUAAUCCAGUGUAUUUAUCGUCACGUUUACCGUAUUUUCCGUCCCAUAGGACGCACCUAGUUUUUUGGGGGGGAAAUAAAGGAAAUUUUUUUUUUCCUUUAUUUCCCCCCCCCCAAAACCAGGUCGGGGAAACUGAACCAGGUCAAGGAACAGCGGGAUGGCGGCGCUGCGCCUCCCUGCUGUCCCCCGAGCUUGUGGGGCUGGCCGAUGGCGGCAGGCUGCUAUCUGCAGGGUGGGGAGCCCUGCGGGGAACUCCCGCAGGGCUGCCUAGGCUGCAGAUGUGUUCCCGAAGCGCCAGGCGCUCUGUUUUCAGCGCGCCCGGCGCUCCGGGAAACAGGCUGCUAUCCGCAGCCUAGACAGCCCUGCGGGAACUCCCGCAGGGCUGCCUAGGCUGCGGAUGUCUUCCUGAAGCCUGGAGAGCCAGAGGGGUCGGUGCGCACCGACCCCUCUCGCUCUCCAAGCUUCAGCGAAAGCCUGCAUUCGCCCCAUAGGAUGCACCCAGAUUUCCCCUUCAUUUUUGGAGGGGAAAAAGUGCGUCCUAUAGGGCGAAAAAUAUGGCAAUUGCAGGCAGAGGACUUUGGCAAGCUGUACCUGGUGUUCCUCUCUGCAGCACAGAUUAUUCUGUCGCUGUCAGCGCUGUCAGCAUGCUGCGCCUAAAGCAUUCAUCGGGCCCCGAAUUGGAAAUGGUCUGGGAGCCAGCCAGACGCUGCUGUUGACAUAUAGACGAGAUGAUUAUAAAUUUAACAGACGCACAAGAUGAGCGACCGCUUUCACCUGUGAUAAUUGAGGUGCACUCAUUGAUGCAACUCUUGCUUGUGUUUUUGUUCCUUUACCCCACAGUGGAAGAUUGAUGACAAACCUGUAAAAGUGGACAAGUGGGAUGGUUCAGCCGUGAAGAACUCGUUGGACGAUUCCGCCAAAAAGGUACCAUUUCCCCUCCCUUGUGGAAUAGCCAGGUAUUUCCUUCAUGGUUUUGCAGGCUUCGUUACUCCUCCUUGCUAGCCUCCUCAGCAGUCCGUUGGGGAAUACUUUGCUAAAUUCCUGUAUCUCUCCAUCGCUCUGAUCCUAUGACUCCUCGAGGUCUAGAUUGGGUUUGCUCUUUCCUUUGUUAAAUGCGCUUUUUUCCCUCCCUCUAGGUUCUGUUGGAAAAGUACAAGUACGUGGAGAACUUCUGCCUGAUAGAUGGCCGCCUUGUUAUCUGCACAAUCUCUUGCCUCUUCGCCAUUGUGGCUUUAAUAUGGGAUUACCUUCACCCCUUCCCCGAAUCCAAGCCAGUUCUUGCUGUCUGUGUUGUAUCAUAUCCUUUUUGGGGGGCUGGGGCCUCAGCCUCCCCCAAGCAUUCAUUCCCCUUCAUGGCUUGGUUGCCGAAAUCAGAUCUAGCCUGCCCUUAAGAGGGUGUCUUGUCAAAGCUGCUCCCGCCCCGCUUGCCCAAGACGGAAAGUGCAGUUGUGGAAAGACCUGGAAUAGCUCAGUUGCUAGAGCAUUAGACUCUUAAUCUCAGGUUUGUGGGUUUGAGCCCCACGUUGGGCAAAGAUUCCUGCAUUGCAAACGGUUGAACUACAGUUGCAAUCAAAAUUAUUCAACUCCCAUUGCAAAUCGGGUUUAUUAUCAAAAAUUUACAGGCUUUCAGCUGUUUGCAAUGGGCAAAUCAAACAAAAGCAAUUGAAAUACAGUGGUACCUUGGUUUACAACCAUAAUCCAUUCAGGAGGUCCAGUUGUAAACCAAAACAGGUUGUAACCUAAGGCGCGCUUUCACCAAUGCCCCCCCUCCCAAUUGGUUGUAAUCCAAAAAAAGGGACACACACUUCCGGGUUUGAUGUGAUUGUAAUCCAAAACACUUGUAAUCCAAAGUGGUUGCAAACCCAAGUACCACUGUAGUUUGACACAACAGAUGCUUCAAGUGGUUUCCCCGGAUUCAGCUGAAAAUGCAACUUAUACAGUGGUACCUCGGUUUAAGAACAGCUCUGUUUAUGAGCGAUUCGGUUUACGAACUCUGCAAAACCGGAAGUAGUGUCCCGGUUUGCAAACUUUACCUUGGUCUAAGAAUGGAAUCCGAACGGUGGAAGGGCGCCGGCAGCAGGAGGCCUCAUUAGGGAAAGCGUGCCUCGGUUUAAGAAUGUUUUCGGUUUAAGAACAGACUUCUGGAACGGAUUAAGUUCAUAAACCUAGGUACCACUGUACGUUGAUAUUCACUAGAAUCUCAAAUGCAAUGGCAUAUAAAGCAAACAACAACAAUGAAAUAUAAAUAAAAAAUAAAAACAUUGUCCAGUAGCACCUUAGAGACCGCCACCCCAAAGUCGUCCGCGACUGGACAUAACAGUCAGGGGUCCCUUUAAGUUUGUUCAUAGUAUAAGCUUUCGUGUGCAUGCACACUUCUUCAGAAACUGAAGAAUACUGGAGGUAUCUGAAGAAGUGUGCAAGCACACGAAAGCUCUUACCAAGAACAAACUUAGUUGGUCUCUAAGGUGCUACUGGACAUUUUAAAAAUAUAUUUCUACUGUGUCAGACCAACACGGCUACCUACCUGAAUCAACAGCAAUGAAUUCAUCAAGAAAAUUCAAUAAAGUCAUAGUAAUACAUGACUUCCUAAUCACAUGGAACCUUACUCCAGAACCCUGUCCACACAAGAGGAAAGGGCCACACUGCUGGGAAACCCCCUUUCUGAUUUCUUGCGAUUUUGUAUAGGAUUGCAGAGUUGGAAGGGAUCCAGAGUGUCAUCUAGUCCAACCCGCCCCAAAUGCAGGCAUCCUCCAAUCCAAUUUGAAACCCUACUGGACCAUUGCUUAGCUUUGCGAAUGCACUGGCAGUUUUAUUGCUGCUCCCGUCAAGUGGGCUUGAGCCCGGUGGCAUUCCUCGUUUGCAAAACCGUCAGAUCCGGGCCCGUGGCUUUUAUAGGGCAAUAAUUCUCUUUUCCGACACUCUUUUCCUUAAUGUCUCCCCACGUAUUUUGUUAUGAUGGGGAUUCUGACCAUCUAUACCUCGUAUAAGGAGAAGAGCAUCUUCCUGGUAGCACAUAGGAAAGAUCCAGCUGGAAUGGAUCCCGAUGACAUCUGGCAGCUUUCCUCGAGUCUGAAAAGGUACCAGCCUCUUCUCUCCCCUCCCGCCCUGGGAGAAACCUUCUAACGAUGUUCAGGGCUUUUGAGUAUUCUCUCCAUUUCUGUAUUUGUACCCCGCAGCUGUAGGGACUGGUUUCGGCUAUCGAAUUGGGCGCCCUGAGAAUCUCGGCGGUCAUUUGUCUGGAGGAAGCACAAGUUUCUAGCCCUGGAUGUUGUGCAUGUAGCUCAGAGUCAGAGCGCCUGUCUCUGCUUACAUGCCUGGCAUCUCCCAGCAGGACCCGCAAGGACCCGUCUGAAACACUAGGGAGCGGCUGCCUGUCAGUGUAGACAGUACUGAGCCAGAUGGACCCAGUAGUCUGACACUGUGUUCUUGCAUAAGCUGAAACGGCAUAAGCCAGAGGUGGGCAGCUGAGCAGAGUUUCCAAGGUAUAGGACGGGAGGUUCCUGAGAUUUGCAUAUUUCCUUGGUGACCAGAAUAAAUUGGGCCCAGUAAGCAAAUGUGGCGCAGCUCUAGUUAAUUUGCAGAGUUCGCUCAGAUCACAAAUGUUGCUCCUUGGUGCCGAAGCAACGUCUCCCUCAUAGAGCAUGCACGGCCAUGCCUUGCCGUCCUCAGUUCCCCAUUUCUGCCCUCUUCCUGUUUGCCAGCGGUGCCACCUCCUUUAUUUACUAUAAUAAUUAAUAAUAAUAAUUUAUUUAUCCCCGCACAUCUGGCUGGGUUUCCCCAGCCGCUCUGGACGGCUCCAACAGAAUAUUAAAAACACGAUCAAACAUUAAAAACUUCCCUAAACAGGGCUGCUUUCAGAUGUUUUCUAAAAGUCUGAUAGUUGUUUAUUUCUUUGACAUCUGAUGGGAGGGCGUUCCACAGGGCGGGCGCCACUACCAAGAAGGCCCUCUGCCUGGUUCCCUGUAACCUCACUUCUCGCAGGGCAGGGAGGGAACCGCCAGAAGGCCCUCGGAGCUGGACCUCAGCGUCCGGGCUGAACGAUGGGAGUGGAGAUGCUCCUUCAGGUCAACUGGGCUGAGGCCAUUUAGGGCUUUAUAUUUAUUAAAUUUAUAUAUAGCCCUUAAUCAAUAGAUCUCAGGGCAGUUCACAGAAUAAAAUACAGGAUAACAACAAGUAAAUCCAAACAAUAACCCCCACUUCUCACAGACACAUUCAUAAGGCUAUAGAAUAUCAAUUUGCCCAAGGCCUGGUUGAAGAGGAACAUUUUUGCCUGGCCCCUAAAGAUCAGUGGUACCUUGGUUUUCGAACAGAAUGCGUUCCGGGAGUCCGUUCGACUCCUGGAACCAUCCAAAAACUAAAGUGUGGCUUCCGAUUGGCCGCAGGAGCAUCCUGCAGCCAAUCAGAAACCAUGCCGGAUGUUCGGCUUCCGAAAAUUGUUUGAAAACCGGGACACUCACUUCGGGGUUUCGAUCGUUCGGGAGCCAAGACAUUUGGCUUCCAAGGUACGACUGUAUAUAGAAGAGCACUCCGCAAAUGGGGAGCCACUGCAGAAAAGGCCCUGUUCCUGUGUUGCCACCCUCUGGACUUCACAUGGAGGAGGCACACAAAGAAGGGCCUCGUGAUGAAUGCAGAUUCCAGGAUGGUUUAUAUAAAGAAAGGCGGUCCUUGAGGUAUUGCGCUUGUAAGACCUUAAAGGAACCUUAACCUUGCCGUUGCAAGCAGCCAAAUGUUGCCCUCACAGUCCUGCAGACUGCCUCGCCGCUAAUUAUUCAGAUUAAGCACUUGAAACACGAUCACCGUUAUCCCUAAGAAAACAUAGUGACAGUUUGAAACAGAUAAUUCUUGGCUUUGCAGGAUCACGCUGCUGAAAGCUUGUUCUUCACCACAGUGCUAAACUGGAGGUAGGAGGCUCUCGCCCAGGGAAAACUGCAUGCAGAAAAAUCCCUUCCACGUACAGAGCUAGGAUUUGCUCUCUCGGGCUAGUUUUCUAUGAGGACAGUGGGAACUGCUUGUGGAAAAUCAUGCUGGCCCUGGAGUGGUUCAUCCUUCCCCAGUGAGAUUCUGGCUGAACUAUCACAAGUUAUUGAGUGCUAUUAGGUUGGCUAUGCCCUUUUUAAAAGUGUUGGGGGGGGAGGGGUGUUAUUGGGUUGUUUUUUCAUUAUGUAUUUUGUGUUUUUUUAUAUUGUGGUUUUAUGUUGUAACCACCCUGAGACCUGGAGGCAUAGGGUGGUAUACCAAUUUAAUAAAUAAUAGUAAUAGCAAUAAUACCAGUUUCUGGAAAUCAGAAUCCUGCUUGCAGGAUUACCAAAAUCUCCUGAUUUCCCAAAGGCUCCUGAUUGGCCACUGUGAAAACAGGAUGCUGGACUCGAUAAGCAGUGCAGGGCGUCUAGUGAGAUUCUGAUCUGUUUAACCAGACUAAUAUAAUAAUAAUAAUUUAUACCCCACCCAUCUGGCUGGGUUUCCCCAGCCACUCUGGGUGGCUCCCAACAAAAUAUUAAAAAUACAAUAAAACAUCAGAACUAUUAGGUUCAGCUCUGUAAUGCAGCUGCAAGCAGAACUUAAAUGGCUUGACCUCCAGCUCUCUCUGCUCCUGCAACCAUCUCUCUAGGUUUGACGACAAAUACACCCUGAAGAUGACAUUCAUCAGCGGCAGAACCAGGCAGCAAAGGGAGGCGGAAUUCACCAUGUCCAUCGCCAAAUUCUUCGACUGCAACGGCACCUUAGUCAUGGAAGCCUUUGAGCCAGAAGUCUCCAAGCUUCACGACAGCCUGCUCACAGAGAGGAAGAUAAAGUAGGAGGCUCCGUCCGGCGUCCACCUUACCCGCUGGGCUCAUGCUGAGUUUAAGCCAAUAAAGCAAAAUAGCAACGAAUGUUAGCCUCUGUUUUUGUCCUGAGAUCUCUCUCUUUCUCUUUCUCUUUCUCUUUCUCUUUCUCUUUCUGUUCUUCCUUUUUCUGUCUCUCUCCAGAGGUGGGGAGAAAAGAUUUUAAAUUUCAGACAUACAAAACAGAUGCAAAGAUCCAGCCAGGAUUCGCUUUGCCUUGCUUUGAGAACGUCUUCAACCUGCUCCAUCAGGUUCCUUUGCUCCUAUGAAGGUGGACCUGCUAAGGACUCUCAGAAGCGGGGAGUUUGCAUAACCCUCUGUAGAAUUAUUUUUAUUUUAAGCUGGCAACUGCUUUAGGAGGCAGCCCUGCACCACGCAGCAUUUAUCACAAAAGCUCUGCUGAAUUAAUUUUUGUCUUGGCUGCUGGCUGCGAAAGGAUUCUUAGUUUUUAUGUUAGGGAUUCAAGACAGGACUUGCAUUAUUAAGCCAACGUUGUACAUUUGCAAGCAAGUUUUGAUUUUUUUAUAUAUAUUUAUCAAUCAGGCGGAAGGAAAAUGAUUUUUUAAAUAAGAAAACCUUUUAUUGGAUGGGAGCGAGACCUGGGAAGGAAGCUGAGUAAAUCUGCCAGGGUGUAUUUCAGGACAAAGGCAACAGCAGGAGUUAGUAAAAGAAAACAACAAGGAGGGGUUUAAAAUCCAUUCCAUCUGUUUUUUGUCCCAUCUGGUGCAUUUGAUUCGUGCUGAAAAAUCUCUUCUAUCCCUUCUGUGAACAACCAUUUUCUAAAAUGACUUUUUUCUCCAAUAAAAGGAACAAAUUUACGUC